AGGAUAUGAAGGCAGGCCAUCUCUUAUUUUAUUUCACUCCCUAUCCAGUUUAUCCUCUCCCUAAUGGCGCUUCCUCUGCGCCCCGCCGCUCCGGCGCCACCGCCUUGGCGAUGCUCCGGCGUGAGCUCCUCGCCGCGCGCAUCCCUCCUGGACACGGCCUCCAAGCAAGCAUUUCCUGUUCCAUUACCAGCUGACCGGGUUGCAAGAUUUUCCUUAUCUGCAAAGCGUUCUGCAUCUCGGCUUGUCCAGUCAAUGACUGAUCUCACCGGUUUUAGAAGUGAUGGGAUCCAUGCAGCCAAUGAACAUUCACGUGAUCUCAUGAGGUCCAUAUCUGAUCUUCAGGAAGUUGUAUUAUCCUCUUUUGGGAAAGCAUGUAUUUUCGGUAGUUGCAUCAUAUAUGUUCUGCCUCCUGCUUGUUUAGCAGAACCAUGCGAGCAAGAGUACUCUCUCCCUAACAUGCCUUUGCUGUUUGCAAUAGCCAUGGUUGGUGCUACUGUUGGAGGGCUCCUCGCAAGACAGAGGAGAGGGGAGCUUGCACGGCUGAAUGAUCAGUUACGUCAGAUAAAUGCUGCACUGAGAAGACAAGCCAAGAUUGAAUCUUACGCUCCUACUUUGAGCUAUGCCCCAGUUGGUAGUAAGAUACCAGAAUCAGAAGUUAUUGUUGAUCCUCAGAAAGAGCGCCUGAUUGCAUAUCUGAGGACUGGGAAGAACUACCUGAGAAACCAAGCUCCUGACAAGGCAUUUCCUGAGUUUAAAGCAGCUCUUGAUCUUGCACAAGCUUUAGGUGAUCAUGUUGAAGAGAAGAAAGCAGCACGAGGAUUAGGGGCAUCAUUCCAGAGACAAGGCAAGUACAAGGAAGCCAUAAAGUAUCACUCCAUGGUCCUAAACAUCUCUAAGAUGACCGGAGAGGAUGCGGGUGUCACUGAAGCAUAUGGAGCAAUAGCAGACUGCUACACCGAGCUUGGUGAGCUUGAGAAGGCUGGCGAGUUCUACGACAAAUACAUUGCAAGGUUGGAGAGUGACUGAAAAGAAGAGCACCGAUCAGAAAAUAUGUUAGAGCAUUGACAAGUCUAAUGGAAUUUCUACCCUUUUUCGCUUGUCAUGUAGUUUAUUGUAGAUUUGCAGUUCCCAGCUCGAAUUGAGUUUUAUUACCACCAUGCAAGUUCUUUUUGGCAGGAUUAUGGCACUACUCAUCAUUGGAGUUCCUGUUGAAUAA